AUGCUGUGUGGCCCCGGGGCCAAGGAUCUUAAACUUUUCAGGGCAGUAACCAUAUCUGACAAAUGCAUCUGGACCAAAUCUGCUUUCGCACGAAUUGAGGUCAUCUUCUUGUUGGAAGGAAAUGUGUGCGUCGGUAAUAUUCUGGAGAUCGUAGUGGUAUCUGGCCACCGCGACAAUAUGUUCAUUCAGGAGACCUUCCAGAUGGAAAUCAUUGUCUCCCUCGAAUGA